AUCAAAACAGAAACGUCAUUUUGGAGCGAAAGUUUUGGAAAGACUUGACAGGCAGAAGGAGACGUGGAGAUGUGUACUGGUUAAAAUGAUUAGACAGAGCCAUAUAUUAAUGUAUUAAAGAGUUUUAUCGAACAGCGACACAAAAAGUUUAAAAAUGGAAGGUCUGGAAAUGUCUGCGAUGAUACCGGCUCUUCAGGAGCUAGCUAGUGCGAGCGCUGCAGAGUACGGCCAGGUGGUACAGAAACCUCGACAGAUUCUCUGCCAGUUCAUCGACAGGAUACUGACAGAUGUGGAUGUCGUUGCUUUAGGGCUAAGUAAGAAGUCCACCUCAGAGCCAGCCUGUGUGAUGCUGCUGGACUUUGUGCAGCACAUAGUUAAAUCUUCAUCUCUGAUGUUUGCCAACCCUGCCUGUCAGCCUGCUGAAUACCCAGAAACAACACAGAGCUGCACUGACUUCAGUAAGUGGGUGGCGGUGCGUUUCCUUCGUGUGGCAGCAGCUCCAGGCUGUGAUAUCAUCCAUGGACGGGUCUCUGCUGUGUUGUGCUCUUUAUUUCACACUCUGCGAGUCCGGGCACCAUUUAUCUUUAAUUGCCUUAUUCAGGAACUCAUAUUUCUGUCCCAGGAACUCAGCCAUAACCUGUAUGCACAUAUUUGCACACUUGCAGGACAGGGACAUGUUUUGGACAUUCACACAAAGAACCAGUGGCCUAUAAACCUCAAGUGCUUCAGUUUAUCCCCCCUCUGUGCCUCCUCAUACCUCACCCCCUCUGCCCUUGUGCUCUCCUCACCUGCUGCCUUGGAGUCGCUGACUGCCGUAACGAUCAACAUCAUAACUGAGUCUCUGAGGGGAGUCAUCUCCCGUCGUGACCUGAGUGUAGCCUGGGAAGCUGCAUGCUUCAUCCUGUCCAACGGGAACACCGGGCUGAGGAAGGCCUCCAUGGUGAUGCUGAGAACACUGGUGGAGCUCAGAGGAUUUCCUGAGAUGCAGGGCCACGAAUUCUUUGCAGCCUACUUCCAGUUGCUGGAAACACAUUCCUACUCUGCCACAGCAAACAUAAAUGAGAAGCAAGCUUACGAAGGAGAGCUGUUAAGCCUGACCCGUUGCGUGUUUCAGCAAUCGUAUGUUUCUCACUCACACUUUGAGCCCAUCCACCUCUCACAGAUGUUCGAGUGUGUUUGCACUCUUGCUGGAGCUGGCGUCAGGUUAGGUGUAGAAGUGACCGAGUCACUUUGCCUGCUGUUUAGCUUCUCGCUAUCUGUAGCACCAGUUUAUGAGAGCGCCGCGUUGCUUAGGAGGCAGCGGGUCACCGAAGUCUGCGGGACACUAGCAUGCACCGUGGGGACAGCAAAUCAAGCUGAAUGUGCAGAAGGGUUUCUCCGAGCUGCCCUGAAGGCUGAGACAGCUUUAGUGCUGCAGGAGUGUAAAGAUGGAGCAACACCUGCCAAGAAGUCUUGCAAAUCUGCCACCAGUUCAGUCGGUAAAACUCCUAAAACAUCCUCAAGCAAAGUGGACAUGCGUGUUCGCAGUAAGGUUUGGGCUGCGUUAAACAGUCGGCUGGAGGAGCUGCUGAUGCUUUUGGACUCCAGUUCUGCUAAGCCUGAGACCACCCAGAGUCUGUCUGCUCUGCAGGGACUGGCCCUCAUUCUCCAUCAGGCAGCCCUCUGCUCCUCACCUGUUAGCAGCUUGUCACCUCUCCUUUGGGUUCCCACUGAGACGCUGAGCAGGGCCCUGAAGAGCUGUCAGUCAGUGUUAGAAGGAGGAUCUCAGCCUGUGUCAAAUCGGAGCUACUUUCAGUCUGCUGUCCAGAUCACUGUCAGGGUCCUCGACUCUAUACUUUACCUGACAAUGAGCAGCCAGAAUGAUGACAGGCUCCAACAACAUGUGUGUGCUCUGUUGUCUCUUCCUUGGGUGUGUGAGAACAAGUCUGUCUCAGCCUAUAAGACUUCAGGCUUCCCUUCCUGGCUGCUAGCCUUGGCGCAGAGACUCGGUUUCUGCUACUCACCUGAGGUCCAGGCUGAUUGCGUGUCGCUGCUGGCCUUUUUACAUGGCGGUGUGUGCGAGACGUGGCGCGUGUGUGUGUUUUCAAAGGCGCUGCAGAGUCAGGAGGAGGUGGUGAGAGUAGCAGCAGUCAAGGCUUUCCCUCUUCUUCUCCACCAUCUGGGAAACAUGCACUACAACCUCAUUGGCACUACUUUGCUUUCCAAGCUGGAGGACAGUUCGGAGCAGGUGAAGAAGGAACUUGCCAGGAUCAUUGGUCAGCUGAGCUGCCUCCAAUCAGAGCUCUCCAGCCUUAGUGACAUCCACACAGACUCCCCUUGUCUUCCCAAAAUCCUUUGCCUCUCUUGUAGUCUUGAAACAGAUCAUGCUGGGAAAGCAGUGCCAUCCCUCAAGGCAUCUGUUGUUAGACCCUUCCUACCAUUGCUCAGACCACAAGCUCCAAGCACCGUGAAACAAGCUUUCCUAGAAGCUCUUCCCCACCUGUGCCAGCAUGUGAAUCUCACUGGUGCAGACAGCGAUUCCCGAGCCGUACUCUGUGCCCUGAUUGGUCUAAUGGAGGAUUCCGAUCCUGUGGUUAGAACACGCUUCAGCCAAUCAGUGCGUUUCCUGCUAGCAGAGACCACUAGAAACUCUGAGCAGGGCUCUUUGAAUGAGCUCCUGGUUGCACGUCUUAAAGAGGCAUUCAGCACUGCUAAACUUAACAGAGAUGAUGACCUGCGUAACACUCUGAUCCUCACCACUGGAGAGAUCGGCAGAGCCUCUCAGGGUAGUUUGGUGUCGUUCUCUCUGCUGCGUCUGCUCCACUGUCUCCUGUCCAAGUCGUCCCAGGUGUCUGUAGCUGCUUACACUCAAAUUCGAGCCCUGGCCACCACUAAAGGCUUGAAACUGCAGACACUCUUCAGUCAGUACAAGAACCCUAUCUGCCAGUUCCUGGUGGAGUCACUACAUUCGCGCCAUGCGUCAGCCCUGCGGAGCACACCAGAUCAAGGAACUGAGUCAGCCAAUCAGAGGGAGCUGGCUCUGGAUAUUCUUGCUCAGAUCGCGCAUGCUUUUGACUUUCCAGACCUCCACCGCUUCCUCACCCGGACCCUCCAGGUGUUGCUACCUUACCUAGCAGCAAAAGCAAGCUCUACAGGCUCUGCUCUCAUUCGAACUUUGGCCAUUGAGUUGAAGGCAAACAGGAGAGAGAUCCUGAUCAACAACUUUAAGUACAUCUUCAGCCAUCUGGUCUGUUCUUGCACAAAGGAGGAGCUGGAGAGGGCCUUUCACUACCUACAAAGUGAGACAGAAAUUGAACUGGGAUCUCUGCUACGCCAAGACUUCCAGGGUCUUCAUAAUGAGCUGCUGCUGCGUCUUGGAGAGCACUACCAACAGGUAUUCAAUGGCUUGGCAAUCCUGGCCUCCUUUGCAUCCAGUGAUGAUCCAUACCAGGGACCCCGAGACAUCACCACCUCAGAACUUAUGGCUGACUACUUACAGCCAAAGCUGCUGGGGAUUCUUGCCUUUUUCAACAUGCAGCUGCUUAGCUCCAGUGCAGGAGAAAAAGACCGCAAGAAACUGGUUUUGACAAGUGUGAUGGCUCUGAUGCGACUGAUGGGCUCCAAACACAUCAGCUCUGUCAGAGUGAAGAUGAUGACGACAUUACGCACCGGCCUGCGAUACAGAGAAGACUUCACUCUCCUCUGCUGCCAGACGUGGGAUUGUUUUGUGAGGAGUGUGGAGCCUGCACACCUGGGCCCCCUACUGAGUCACGUUAUUGUUGCUUUGCUCCCCUUGAUUCCACUGCAGCCCAAAGAAACUGCCGCCAUCAUCCGCUUCCUCAUCCUGGACAACAGGGAAGAAGUCAGUGACUACCUCCAUGAGAUUUACUUUCUACCAGACCAUCCAGAGCUAAAAGACAUCCACACAGUAAUGCAGGAUUAUAAAAAGCUGGCGGCCAGCAGCAGUGACUUGGCUGCCGCACUGCAGCUCUCCAUGAGAGCCGUCCAGCAUGAGAACGUGGACGUGAGGAUCCACGCGCUAACCAGCCUCAGGGACAUGAUGCACAGCAACCAGCGUGGAUCCGGGACGCUUGGAUCUGUCGCAAACACACACCCACGGCAACCGCAACAUCUUUGUGAGCGGAGUGGAUGAUCCUAACUUUGCCUAUGAUUUGCUGACUGAACUGACCAGAACAUUUCUGGCGUACGCUGAUGAUGUGAGAGCCCAGGACUCCGCUGCUUAUGCAAUUCAGGAACUGCUUUCCAUAUUUGAGUGUCGCGAAGGUCGAACUGACUCAGCAGGCCGACGUCUGUGGAGAAGAUUCCCCGAUCAAAUUCAAGAAAUACUGGAGCCUCACCUCAACAGCAGAUAUAAGAGCAGUCAGAAGGAGGUGAACUGGUCUAAGCUGAAGAAACCUGUGUACCUCAGCAACAGAGGCAGUAAAUUCUCUGACUGGUCAGCCACCUGGGCUGGAUACCUCAUCAGCAAGGUGAGACACGAGUUGGCCAGCAAAGUGUUCAGAUGCUGUAGUUUCAUCAUCAAACACGACUACAAGGUCACAAUCUACCUGCUGCCUCAUAUUCUGCUCUACAUGCUGCUGGGCUGCACUCCUGCAGAGCAACAAGAGGUUACAGAGGAAAUGCUGGCUGUGCUGACAGAGGGAGAUGGACAAGCCGAGGGGCUUGCCCAGAAGACGGCCUCCAGCCUGUCACAGCUGAGCACUCAGACUGUGUUCAGCAUGCUGUCACACCUUACACAGUGGAGUCGCCACAUCCUCUACUCCAAACCCAAACAUGAGAGUGGGGAUUAUCAGCGCGUGGUGGCCUUCCUGAAAGAUAUCCCGCAGGAUGUCCUGGCCAAGGCCUCUCUACGAUCCAAAGCGUACACUCGUGCCCUCAUGCACUUUGAAGCUUACAUCCUGGAAAAUAAAGAGAACAUACAAGACCAUCUCUCAUUCCUGCAGACGCUGUACGCUGCAAUGCACGAGCCGGAUGGAGUGAGAGGUGUCAACGCUCUGAGGAGGGAGGAGCCAUCACUCCAGGAACAGAUACUUGAGCAUGAAAGCAUCGGCCUGCUCCGUGACGCCACCGCGUGCUAUGACAGAGCCAUACAGCUGGAGUCAGACCAGAUCGCUCACUAUCAUGGAGUGAUGACCUCCAUGCUCGGCCUGGGACAGCUGUCCACAGUCAUCACGCAAGUCAAUGGAGUACUGGCCAACAAGCACCAGUGGAAGUCAGAACUCAACACCUACAGAGUAGAGGCAGCCUGGAAGCUUGGAAAAUGGGACCUGCUGGAAGAUUAUUUGAGUUCAGACCAGCAGUCCAGCACAUGGGGUGUGCGGCUCGGCCAGUUGCUGCUCUCAGCUAAGAAGCAGGAUGCUGAAAAUUUCUAUGAGAAGCUGAAGCUGGUGAGGAAAGAACAGGUCGUCCCUCUGUCUGCUGCCAGUUAUGAGUGUGGAACCUACCAGAGAGGAUACGAGUAUAUUGUCAGACUCCACAUGCUCAGUGAGUUGGAGCACACCUUCACUGAGCUGCUGAAACAGAGACAGGGAUCUGGGUCCAACCUCAGCCAACUGCCUCCUCAUUGGUCAGAUCGGCUGGAGAUGACGCAAAACUCUUUCAGGGCCAAGGAGCCAGUCCUGGCUCUCCGCCGUGCCCUGCUCAGUUUGGGAACGCAACCUGUAUGUCAGGAGCUGGUUGGGGAGUGCUGGUUACAAAGUGCCCGGGUUGCCAGGAAAGCAGGACACCAUCAGACCGCCUUUAACGCCCUUCUCAAUGCAGAAAAUACAAAUCUUGCUGAACUGGUCACAGAGAAGGCAAAGUGGCUUUGGUCUAAGGGCGAUGUCCACCAAGCCCUGAUUGUCCUGCAGAAGGGUGUGGCUCAGUGUUUCCCUGAAGAUCAGCCCCUGACAGAUCCUCGCAGUCUCCAGACUAAAGGCAAAGCCAUGCUGCUGGUGGGGCGCUUCAUGGAGGAGACGGCCAACUUCGAGUCUAAUGCCAUCAUGAAGACAUACAGGGAUGUGACUAACCUCCUACCAGAGUGGGAGGAUGGUAACUUCUACUUAGCCAAAUACUAUGACAAAGUCAUGCCAAUGGUGACAGAUAACAAGCUGGAGAAACAGGGUAAUCUGAUCCGUUACAUCGUCACAUUCUUCGGGAAUGCUCUGCAGUUUGGAAACCAGUAUAUCUACCAGGCCAUGCCUCGCAUGCUGUCUCUUUGGCUGGACUUUGGAGCUAAAGUGUGUGAAUGUGAGAAAGCUGGGCGAGCAGACAGACAGAUGCGACAGGAGCUGAGUAAAAUCAACACAGUAGUGAGCGAGCACUGUGCUAAGCUGGCGCCGUACCAGUUCCUGACCGCAUUUUCCCAGCUGAUCUCCAGGGUGUGUCACUCCAGCGAUGAGGUCUUCAAUGUCCUCAUGACCAUUGUGGCCAAAGUGUUCCUCACAUACCCCCAGCAAGCUAUGUGGCUAAUGACUGCGGUGUGCAAGUCAUCCUACCCCAUGCGCAUGAAUCGCUGUAAUCAGAUCCUUAAGAAAGCCGUCAGUCUUAAACAGUCCCUGGAAAAAUUCAUUGGAGAUGCCAACAGACUGACAGACAAGCUUUUGGAGCUUUGUAAUAAACCGGUGAAUGGUAACAGCACCACCCUCAGUAUGAGCAUUCACUUCAAGCAGCUAAAACGUUUGGUGGAGGAGCCGACAUUCAGUCAGAUCCUGAUCCCUCUGCAGUCUGUCCUCAUCCCAACGCUGCCCUCCACAGGCGGGGAAAACACACAGCAUGAUGCUUUUCCUGGACACUGGGCAUACCUGGAUGGUUUUGAAGACAGUGUGGAGAUCCUGGCCUCUUUGCAGAAGCCAAAGAAGAUAAGCCUGAAGGGUUCGGAUGGUCGGGGUUACACCAUGAUGUGUAAACCUAAAGAUGACCUGAGGAAGGACUGCAGACUUAUGGAGUUCAACUGUCUCAUCAAUAAGUGCCUCCGUAAAGAUGCUGAGUCCAGACGGAGGGAGCUACACAUCCGGACUUAUGCUGUGAUUCCCCUCAAUGAGGAGUGCGGCAUCAUUGAAUGGGUUAACAACACUGCCGGGCUGCGGCACAUUCUCACAAAGCUGUACAAAGAGAGAGGUAUCUACCUAUCAGGUAAAGAGCUCAGGAAGCUUAUUCUUCCCAAGACAGCUCCCUUUGAGGAAAAACUGCGAAUCCACAAGGAGGUGCUGUGUGCUCGACACCCCCCUGUCUUCUAUGAAUGGUUCCUCCGGACCUUUCCUGACCCUACGUCAUGGUACAGCAGUCGUUCAGCAUACUGCCGCUCCACUGCUGUGAUGUCCAUGGUGGGCUACAUCCUGGGUCUGGGAGAUCGCCAUGGAGAAAACAUCCUCUUUGAUUCCUUCACUGGAGAAUGUGUUCAUGUAGACUUCAACUGCCUCUUUAACAAGGGGGAGACAUUUGACGUGCCAGAGGUUGUUCCCUUUCGUCUGACUCGAAACAUGGUGCAUGCUAUGGGGCCCAUGGGCAUCGAGGGCCUCUUUAGGCAAGCCUGUGAGGUUACGAUAAGACUAAUGAGAGACCAGAGAGAGCCACUCAUGAGUGUGCUGAAGACCUUCCUUCAUGACCCACUGGUGGAGUGGAGCAAACAAGCCAAAGGACUAUCAAAAGCUCAGGCCAAUGAGACAGGAGAGAUUGUUAAUGAAAAGGCUAAAACCCACGUGUGUGACAUUGAGCAGCGCCUGCAGGGAGUGAUUAAGAGCAGGAAUAAAGUGUUGGGUCUUCCUCUGUCAAUUGAGGGGCACGUCCAUUACCUCAUACAAGAAGCCACGGAUGAUAAACUACUGUGUCAGAUGUAUUUAGGCUGGGGUCCUUACUUGUAGAAAGAAAAAGCACUCAAUUCAGAAGAUUAUAAUGCAAAUGCAAUCCAAGCACUUUUGACUGUUUGUUCCUGAGCCUUUUUCCGUUUUGAAAACAUUGAAAAUGCAGCACUGUUGUACAUUCCCUUGUAAUAAAUUAUUUUGUUGGUUAAA